CGCUUCUUGACCUGCCUAUCAUUGAUCGCAUCGGAAUAUAUACCUUCAGAAACUAUCUCUCCUAGUCUCCGCUCCAGCUGACCUCUAACACACCUCACCAAACCCCUCCUCGGCCUGGUCGCAUUGCUCUACUCCAACAACAAGCUCCAACACGAGACCAAACAAAGCGCUCUCGAGUCCAAGGAACAACGCCUCUGAACAUUGAAAAGCCAGUGCACUCUUUCCCUACCUCACACCGGCGGUCCCCUCGAACAUAUCCAUUUUCAAGGGUCACAAAGAGCCAAAGAUCUCAAACAAAGCGCCGGCGAGCCAAAGAAAACCACGGGAUCUAAGACACGAGGUGUCUCUAUCCCCCGUCUCCCCCUCGUCGACCACUUCAGCAAUCAAAGAUACUCAAACACACAACGACCAUGGACUUCCUACCAGAAAACCUCCAAACAGUCCUCCAAAAUCCCGCCUUCACCUACCUCCAAACAACGACACAAGACCACCUCACAACAAAACUCUCGCACCUACGCACAAUGGUGCUCCAACCAUACCUAAUCGAGCCCGUCUCGAGCUUCCUCGCCUCCUACUCCUCCUCCAUGCCAGACCUGCUCUCAAUCUUCCUCCUCGCCAUUAUAAUCUUCGUCUCCCUCAAGAUUCUAGACUACGCCUACCGCGUGGUCGUGUUCUGGGUCACGCUCGCGUUCAGGCUUGUCUUCUGGGGCUCGAUUCUCGGGGUCGGCUGGUAUGUCUACAGCGUUGGUGUUGAGAAUGCAGGCAGGGAUUUCGGGUGGCUUUGGGGUGUAGUAUAUGGCUUUGUUGCCGAUUUUCAGGAAAAGAGUAAGAUCGCUGCGGCGGCUUAUGCGAAAACACCCAAGUAG